UCCAAAUACUUUUUUGGCCACUGUAGCUUUCAUUCAUACCUCAUCUGGAUGUAUUUUUGUUUAGACUACAAAAUGUCUGCUUGCCUCACAUGUUCAAUGACUAACACGGAGCAUAUAUUCCCAUAUGGCCAUAUUUUUUGGCUUAUGUUUGUUGGCCAUAUGGCAAACUCUUCUCUUUGUUCUUGCAUAUUCUUUUUACCCACCCAACAGAAACGUCUGCAGAUUGAUGGUGUUGGUCAUGUCUUCUCAUUGUCCCCUUGGUUCCACAGUGAUGAUUCUGGGUGUCACAAUCCUACGGAAGAAAUAUCCCAUGGCGAAGUAUCUGUGUGUGUUUCUAAUCAUCGCCGGGGUCGCUCUCUUCCUCUACAAACCCAACAAAGGCUCCAGCACAUCAGAUGAACACAAAUCUGGCUUUGGAGAGAUGCUACUGCUGCUGUCUCUGACUUUGGAUGGGCUGACAGGUGUAGCUCAGGACCACAUGAGGGCACGGUACCAGACGGGAGCCAAUCACAUGAUGCUGAACAUCAACAUGUGGUCCACACUGGUCCUAGGAAUAAGUGAGUUAUAAAAGAGAGAUUAAAUUAUAGGAACACUGGCACUUCAUUAGUGAAAAUACUGGUUAUUAAAGAUAAAAGAAUAAAUGUUUAUUAUCACUUGA